GUUGAGCUCUCCGUCCGCCAUGAAGAUCCGGGGCGGUGCGCAUGCGCUCACGGUUCCAGAGCCCGGGGUUGUCACUAAAGGAUCCCAACCUUGCAACAUGGCUGAGGUGGAAGAAACUCUGAAGCGAAUUCAGAGUCAGAAGGGAGUCCAAGGAAUCAUUAUUGUUAAUUCAGAAGGUAUUCCCAUUAAAAGCACCAUGGACAACUCCACCACUGUGCAGUAUGCGGGCUUGAUGCACAACUUAAUCAUGAAGGCCAGGGGCACCGUGCGAGACAUUGACCCCCAGAAUGACCUCACCUUCUUGCGGAUUCGUUCCAAGAAAAAUGAGAUCAUGGUUGCACCAGAUAAGGACUAUUUCCUGAUUGUUGUUCAGAACCCAACCGAGUGAAAACUUCCUAUGAAGAUCUAAUACUCCUUAUACCCAAAUGCAUCUUUUUAUUUAAUAUCCAAAACAGCCAUUAGUAUUUCAGUGCUUGUGCCACCAUAAUAACGUAUACAAGAUCCUUUUUUAAUUGUGAGUAUACUAAUAUGACUGAAAUGGCAUUCCAUGGCGAAGUCUGGUGGUGAAAUCAGGGUGACUUAAAUGUCCAAAAUAGAUAGGUUUGUUAAAAAUGUAACCUAAUUAAGACUGCUUUCUGUAUAUUUGUAAUCAUGAAUAAGUUUUUCUUUUUGUCUUGUUUAUUUUGCUACUUAUUUAAAUAUGGAGAGGCCUUUUCUUUUGAGGUGAAUGAAAAACCUAAUUAAAUGUUACUCUGGUG